GUGCUUGCAUCUUCCAACAUUUUACAACGCUCAUAAUCAAUCCUACAAACCUACCUCAACUUGCUUGGGAAGCUUCACAUAAUUGCCUGAACAGAAUCUAGGGAUCAUUCCCAAGCUUCUCAUUAUGGCACCGUCGCAGGACACCAUGUUCCGCUCAGCGGACAUGAGUUUGGUCCAACUCUACAUCGCCAACGAAAUUGGACGCGAGAUUGUAAACGCAUUGGGAGAGCUUGGGCAAAUUCAAUUUCGAGAUCUCAACUCCGACGUUACUGCUUUUCAACGGACUUUCACUCAGGAGAUAAGACGACUCGAUAAUGUUGAAAGACAGCUUCGAUACUUCCACACCCAAAUGGAUAAAGCGGGAAUCCCCCUCAGAAAGCUAGACCUUGACAUCGAAACUUUAGCCGCUCCUUCCGCCACCGAAAUCGACGAGCUUUCCGAUCGCAGCCAGAGCCUCGAGCAACGAAUUGCAUCAUUGAAUGACAGCUAUGAAACUUUAAAGAAGCGGGAGGUAGAGCUUACUGAAUGGAGAUGGGUUUUAAGAGAGGCUGGGUCCUUCUUCGAUCGAGCUCACGGAAAUGUGGAUGAAAUUAGAGCUUCCACCGACAACGACGAUGCUCCUCUCCUCCAGGAUAUAGAACAAUCACACCAAAAUGGAGACGCCGAGCGGUCGUUUUCUGGUAUGAAUAUUGGGUUCGUGUCCGGUGUCAUUCCCCGGGAUCGUAUUGCAGCAUUCGAGCGUAUCUUGUGGAGAACCCUUCGAGGUAAUCUUUACAUGAAUCAAUCGGAGAUUUCAGAACCCAUUGUUGAUCCCACAAAUAACGAGGCCAUCAACAAAAAUGUGUUUGUCAUUUUCGCACAUGGAAAGGAGCUUAUUGCUAAGAUUAGGAAGAUCUCGGAAUCUCUUGGUGCGGAUCUUUACAGUGUGGAUGAGAACAGCGAUCUUCGUAGGGAUCAAAUCCAUGAAGUUAACACUCGUCUGAGCGAUCUUGGUAGCGUUCUCCGUAACACAAAGCAAACACUUGACGCCGAACUCACCCAAAUUGCACGGAGUUUGGCCGCCUGGAUGGUCAUUAUCAAGAAAGAGAAGGCCGUCUAUCAAACACUGAACCUUUUCUCGUACGAUCAUGCGAGGAAGACUUUGAUUGCUGAGGCUUGGUGCCCCUCCAACUCUUUGCCUUUGAUCAAAUCAACUCUGCACGAUGUCAACAAUAGAGCAGGCCUUUCUGUACCCUCGAUUAUCAAUGAGAUUAGGACGAACAAAACUCCUCCGACCUACCAGAAGACCAACAAAUUCACGGAAGGCUUUCAAACGAUUAUCAAUGCUUAUGGUACAGCAAAGUACCAAGAAGUCAAUCCUGGUCUCCCAACUAUCGUUACUUUCCCAUUCCUCUUCGCCGUCAUGUUCGGUGAUUUCGGACAUGGUGUUAUCAUGGUAUGCGCAGCUUCGGCUAUGAUCUAUUGGGAGAAAUCAUUGAAGAAAGUUCGCGAUGAACUUUUCUCAAUGGCUUUCUAUGGUCGAUACAUCAUGUUGAUGAUGGGUAUCUUCUCUAUGUACACUGGUCUUAUCUACAAUGAUGUAUUCUCCAAGUCGUUCUCAUUCUUUCCAAGUGCUUGGGCUUGGUCAGAGAAUUACCCCGACUCUAUCGAGGCACAUCUGAAAGAGCCAACAGGAUACCGAUAUCCUUUCGGCCUCGACUGGAUGUGGCAUGAUACGGAAAACGACCUUCUGUUUACCAACAGUUACAAGAUGAAGUUGAGUAUCUUGAUGGGUUGGUGCCACAUGACCUACUCAUUGUGCUUGUCCUAUAUCAAUGCCCGUCACUUCAAGACUCCUAUCGAUAUUUGGGGCGUGUUCGUCCCAGGUAUGAUUUUCUUCCAAGCUAUUUUUGGUUACCUUGUUUUUGCCAUUGUCUACAAAUGGUCGAUAGACUGGCAGGCUAUUGGCGAAUCGCCUCCAGGUCUAUUGAAUAUGUUGAUCUACAUGUUCUUGUCGCCCGGAACUAUUGAAGAGCAGCUUUACUCUGGCCAAGGAUUUGUUCAAAUCUGCCUUGUUCUCAUUGCCGUCGUCCAAGUGCCAAUUUUACUACUACUCAAACCAUUCUAUCUUCGAUGGGAACACAACAAAGCACGAGGAAGAGGCUAUAGAGGCAUUGGUGAAACAUCCCGAGUUAGCGCACUUGAUGGCGACGAUGAUGAUGACCACACUUUGGACGGUAGAGUAAGUAUGAAUAGCGAAGGUGAAGGUGUUGCUAUGAUUACACAAGACAUUGGAGAUGAAGAACAUGAAGAAUUUGAGUUUUCCGAAGUUAUGAUUCAUCAGGUCAUCCAUACAAUCGAAUUUUGCUUGAAUUGUGUGUCUCACACCGCCUCAUACCUUCGUCUCUGGGCCUUGUCCCUUGCGCAUCAACAACUUUCCGUUGUGUUGUGGGAUAUGACGCUUUCUAUCGGUCUUCAUAUGACCGGUGUUGCAGGUGUCUUCAUGGUCGUGGUAACAUUCACCGCGUGGUUUUUCCUCACAAUUGCCGUAUUGGUUGUUAUGGAAGGUACUAGUGCAAUGUUGCACAGUCUUCGUUUGCAUUGGGUCGAAGCUAUGAGCAAGCAUUUCAUGGGAGAUGGCAUACCUUUUGAACCAUUUUCCUUCAAGCAGAUGCUAGAGGAUGAUGCUUCAGCAGCUGAUAUUUCUUAAGCGUCGAAUAGUUCCUUGUCUUUAUUAGUUUCUUUUUCAUCCUCGUAGAUCCACCUGUAGAAUCAAAAUGUACUUUACUAUACUUGUUUCAAUAUAAAUUAUUGAUGGCUCUAAACUUAUUAGAAAG